AUGUCGGCCAUAGUACGCGACCGUGGUCAGGAUAAAAAGUUCCUCCUCUCAGCUUGGGCAUUUGCCCAAACUGUAUUCGACUUCACGCUCAUCUCCAACUACGACUCCAGCAUGUCACUCACUUCCACCAGGCAUGCACAUGGCCUGAGACAAUCCAGAGCGCGUGCAGCUGCCUCCGACGUCGCCAUGCGCGCAUUCAAAGCCGAAGCCCUCGCAAGCAACGCGAGCUUCCUGCAGAGACUCGACCCCGACGGCUGUCGUCACGUCUCCCACAACUUCCUCAACUACCAGACCUACCCUGGCUAUGACAACUCUAUCGGAGUGAGCGGGGCUGGUCCAAACGGGUACAGGAUGUUCAGUUCAACAUCCGAUAUCAACGACCCCAACACCGAAAGUCGGCUUCGCUACGAUUUCGUUUUCAAUGACGGUAGCGCUCCCUACACGAGCAUCUGGAUUACCAUGCGCGGAGCCCCAGACAGCGGUAAAAACUCCAACGUCGUCCUCCGCGAAGAGCUCUGCGUCGUCGGUCCCCUCGACCCCAACGGCAGCCACUACCACGACUGCGACGAGAUCGACAUCGCAGAGAUCUACGGUGGCGGGAACAAUCAAGCCGAAUUCACAUUCUACACCGGCUCUGGCUCGUACAUCCCUGACAAGCCACCCCAGCGCCAGGGCGGCGGGGUGUACACCGACACCACCAAUGGCGCAGCUGGUCAACAGUUUUAUGAAUACCAGUUGUAUUUGGAACGGGGGAAGUACCUUACGUUCACUAUUGCGGAUGUGAAGACUGGGCAGACGAUUGGGAAGCGGGAUUAUGGGCCUCCGGGUAUCCCAUCGAAGCCGUUGAACUUUUUCAUGGGGGAGUAUAAUUGUGCAGCGAGCGGGCCCGAUGCUAAAAAUUACUGCGGGGGGCCUUACAAUGGUAAUUCAUUCAUGGAGAUCGGAAGCAUCUUAUAUCGUACCUGCGACUGA